CAUGUCGGAGCUUCAGCAGCUGCAGGAGUUCGAGAUCCCCACGGGCCGGGAGGCUCUGCGGGGCAACCACAGCUCCCUGUUGCGGGUCGCGGACUACUGCGUGGACAACUACGUGCAGAUUCUUCCAGAUGGUUCUCGUUUGUCGGAUGCACAGUGUGCACAUAGGAUUUGGGGUCCCAAAGACCUGAGUCCAGUUUCCAACUCUGCCACCUAGCAACUACAGGACCCAUGGCAAGGUGACCCUCUGAUUCUUACACCUUUCCUCACGGGGGUCCCAUGGGUUAAAUGUGAGAAUGUGUUAAAGCACUUAGCCCAGUGCCUGUCCCUUAGGAGGGGCAGGAUGCAUGGAAACUAUUACCAUGACUGUCAUCAUCAUCAUCAUCAUCAUCAUCAUCAUCAUUAUCAUCUUCCGCCGGAAGGAUGAAAGGCACAUAGAGAUAAUGAAAGUCAAUUCUAGCAAGGCGAGGCAGCCCUUGCAAAAACACCCAGGUCAGAGUCCCUGGGUUCCUGCUUCCUUCAUGCAGAACACUAACUAAUUGACCUUAGUUACCUUUCCUGGCCUCUCUGAGGAUCUCGGUCUGGGGAGCAAAUGCCUGCAAAGGAUUUGGAUGACUUCUCAGAACUGCCCUUAAACAAGGCCUGGUUCCCAUGCCCUCUGUCCCUCCCCCAACCCCUCCCAGCACCCCAACCAGGUGUCAGGAAACCCAUGGGGAAUUGGGGGAGAGCAGGCUGGGGUCAGACUGCAGAGUUCUCCGUCAGAGUCCAUUGAGUUUACAGACAAGGUAAUUUGCAUGAUGAAUAAGCAGUCAGCCAUGACAAUGGAUCUCAUACCUUUAUACCUCUGGACAUAACUUUGGGCCAAGCCCCAAACCAAAGGUCAGCAGCCUCCUGGAGCUGGACCCAAGCAGACAUUUUCCUGUCUGGGCUGACAGUUCCAGGUGGCAGGCCAAACAGGGGACAGUGCUGGCGAGGUGAGCUAGGAAAUCUGGGUGCAGACCAAAGGAGGAGUAGUAACCGCUUUGUUCUGGGCCUUCGUUUCCUAGUCUAUUAAAGAAAGAUCUUGAGCUAGAACAAGACUUGCUCUCCUUUCUGGUUUCAACAUCCUCAGUUGAUUUCUUUGCCUUUUCAAGGCUCUUGGUUACAUAGGCUGAUGAGAUGUAAACUGCACGCAAAUGAGCAUCUAGCUGUUGGAACAAAGACAAGGAGGGGCUGCCCAGAAGGUUCUGGGCCUGCCCUUUGACUCUAGCCUGGCUCAGGCUCCACUGGAGGCACCCUGUUCUGAGAGGUUCCAGGUGUGCUCUCCAUUGACAGACCUCGGGGAGCACCCAGGGGCCUUUAGCAAGGAGACUGCGUGCUGCAGCCUUGUCUGUCCAUGCACGGGGCCUGGCCCAGAUUUGUCCCGGACUCACCCCUACCCUCUAGAGAAAGCUACAGGCUAAAUGGCAGUGGCUCCAUGAUCGGAACCGGCAGCAGCUCCUCAUCCAAGAUGAGGAAGCUGCCUGGGGAACCAAAUGACCGGAGUUUUGCUUUAGCCCCAUGGUCUCAUCUGGAACUGGAAAAAAAAAAAAAAAAAAAAAAAAACCCAAAAAACCCUCUUCUGUCUUCAGCCAUUCCCUGCCCACCCUUCCAUCCCUGACUGCCGGUGUGACUCUGGCUAGCACCUGGCAGGCACAGUGCCUGGCAUGCAGUAAGGAAAUACCCAGCAAGUGUUUGGGUUCACAUUAAAUUCAUUAAUUAACUCACAAAUGCAUAUGUAUUAAAUAUUGUCUGUAUGUUGGGCACUAUUCCAGGGUAGGAUACAGAGUAAAACAGAGAAGCUCUCUGCCCUCACAGCGCUUACAUUUUAGUAUGUGGGGGGAAAUAGAUAAUGAAGUAAAUAGAUAAAUAAUUUCUGAUAGAUAGUGCUAAGUGCUAUGAGGAAAAGAGAACAGGGUAAAUAUGGUAGAGAGUCAAUAUAGAAGUAAGCUAGGAGAAUCUUAAGGUGGUGAUGAAAUGUGUCUCUGAGGAGCUGAGACUUAAUAAGAAGGAUUCUAGAAAGAAGUAUGGCAAGUGCAAAGGUCCUGAGGUAGAAACAAUCUUAGCUUGAUCUGGGAAAAGGAACCUUAUGGCCAAUGUGCUUGAGGGGAGUGAGAGGGAGUGGUAGAGGAGAGCCGGGAGAGAAAAGCAGAGCCAGCCUUGUGGGGCCCUAUAUAGGCCACGGUUGGAAGUCUGGAUUUUAUUCUCAGUGUAUUGGGAAGCUACUGGAGGGAAUGAAUGAAGUCACUCUUCUCUGGGCUUCAAUUUCCUGAUCUAUAAAAUGGACUAGAUCAUUGGUUCCUAAACACUACUCUGCAGACUGGAGAAAAACAGGAGAACAAGGGUCCCCUGGGGAGCUUUUAAAGGCACAGGUUCAUCGACCUUACUCCUUACUCCCACGUCCUUCCUCUCCCAUCCUACCAGAGUUCUGAUUAGAAGGUCUGGGAUAGGGGGUCUGGCGUCGAUUGGUUCUUUUUUUUAAGUUUGAAAGUAUUGCCUUCCUCUUCCCUUUCUGCUAUUCACCCUUUAUUCCCAAAGGUCCUCUGGAGGUGGUCAGGUCAAUCCUCAGCUUGAGUCUUUGAGGAGGAAGAUCUUUCCCUCCCCUUGCACCCCCAUUCCUCAGGGUAACAGAUUUGCUCUCCUAAUGUUCCCAAGUCCCUCUUACUACAACUUCAUUCUCACAGAAACCACGUCAAACAUCUAGAGUUACUGCUUUCUGCCAGUUCAGCCCCCAUCCUCCCUCUCCCAUCUUACCCACCCAGCCAAGGAUCCAGCGGAAGGGGCUGGCCUCCGACCAGAGCUGUGUGUAUUUCAGGCCACAGACAAGAGGAAGGCGCUGGAGGAGACCAUGGCCUUUACCACCCAGGCACUGGCCAGUGUGGCCUACCAAGUUGGCAGUCUGGCCGGACACACUCUGCGUCUGCUAGACCUGCAGGCCGCCUCCCUGCGGCAGGUGGAAGCCCGUGUGAACACGCUGGGCCAGAUGGUGAACAUGCACAUGGAGAAGGUUGCCCGAAGGGAGAUCGGCACCUUGGCCACGGUCCAGAGGCUGCCCCCUGGUCAGAAAGUCAUCGCCCCCGACAGCCUCCCUCCCCUCACGCCCUACUACAGGAGACCGCUUAACUUUGGCUGCCUGGAUGACAUUGGCCAUGGGAUCAAGGAUCUGACCACACAGCUGUCGCGGACCGGGACCCUCUCGCGCAAGAGCAUCAAGGCGCCUGCCGCACCUGCCUCCGCCACCCUGGGGAGGCCACCCCGGAUCCCCGAGCCCGUGCAGCUCCCCGUGGUGCCCGAGGGCAAACUCUCCGCCGCCUCAUCGGUUUCUUCCCUGGCCUCGGCAGGCAGCGCCGAAGGUGUCGGUGGGGUCUCCACGACCAAGGGGCAGGCAGCACCCCCACCCCCACCUCUCCCCAGCCCCACGGCCCCACCCCCUCCACCGGCCUCCGAGGUCUUCCUGCCGCCCCCUCUGCCGGAGGAAGUGUCCCUGCCCCUGCCGGCACCGGAGUUGCCUCCACCCCUGGACCUGCCCCCUCCUCCGCCCCUGGAUCUAGAUGAACUGGGGCUGCCGCCUCUGCCCCCACCAGACUUUGGGCCUGAAGAGCCUAGCUGGGUCCCUGCUGCGUACCUGGAGAAAGUGGUGACAUUGUACCCAUACACCCGCCAGAAGGACAACGAGCUCUCCUUCUCCGAGGGCACCAUCAUCUGCAUCACACGCCGCUACUCAGAUGGCUGGUGCGAGGGCGUCAGCUCGGAGGGCACUGGAUUUUUCCCGGGGAACUAUGUGGAGCCCAGCUGUUGACAGCCUGGGGCUCUCUGAGCUCCUGACCCACGCACGGCCCCGAGUGAGGUCCUUGAGUUCCAGCACAAAGCCAGCUCCACGGUCAAGGCUGGACUAGGCCUGCCCACCUCUUGGUCUGUGAGCUGGGCCUGUCCCUUCCCCUCAUUUUGGUGGGAAGGGGUCCUGGGGAGAGAGAGGAUGUACCCAAAGGCCUGCUGUGGACAGGAAAGAACUGGAAGUCAAAGAGUUUGGUGAUCUUGUCCACAGAGGACCCCCUACUCCACGAAGGAUGGGGUCUCCAGCUGCAAGUGCCAACUUCGAAUAAAACUCUGAUGACUUCCUGGCGAUUGCCCUGCAGGGCUAGGGGGCCCGAGAAAGAGAGAGAGAGAGAGAGAGAGAGAAGGGAGUGAAAGGCUCCUGCUAAUUACUGAGCCCCCUCUGCCUGCCCGGGCAGCCGCCUCUCCCCAUCAUUUCCGUCCUAAGUGCCCUCUACACUAGACCCCUGAGGCUGGGCACCGACUGACUGCAUCCUGUUCUUUUGCCUGUUGCUUUGCUGUGUUCUGCUCGGUUUUGGUUCCUCAAGCUGGGCACUCUUCCCCGACAGGGGGGCGGGGGGGUAACACCAACUCCCCCAUUUAUGUGGGGCUCUCUGAGGGCAGGGAUCGCCUCGCCCUCACCCUUCAGACAUCGGCGCGAGAGAUCUCAGUCAGCGCUUCCCCCCUUCACCUCCUUUAUAGCUCUGAAACACCAAAGAGGGAGGGGCUUGGCUUUCGCUGGCUCUGCUUUAAAACAUCAUGGCUUUCUGUUCCAUACGGGAGGAGGGGGCGCAGAGUGCCCAGCCCGCGGGGCGACUUUGGUAAAGUCCCUGGUCUCUUGCUGCAUAGACGAGGCUGGGGUGAGAGGAGACACCGUCGCGCGCUGCGAGGUCCCGGGCUGGAUGGACCCCAGCCGGACCGUGUGCUACCUCGUUCCACCACCAGGAGGCGACUGUUCCCUCCGGCUUUUUUCCCCCCCACUUUGGGGAUGCUGGCGGGGGGGUGGGGUGGGCGGUGGGGUGGAGUGCGGGAAGGGAGGCAAGAAGAAAAAGGGUGUAGUGUGGAGACGCGGUAGGUAAAGCAAGACCUAGGCCUGAGGCCGUCGGUGGAGAGCCUCAUCUCUCUCGGCUGGGAUUCCGGCGCGACCUGGAGGCUUUCGGGACGGAGUUCCCUUAACAGAAGAAAGGGGGUUGGGAAGGUUCCGCAGCUCAAGGGAGCAGUUAAAGCAGCGGGAGAUGUUCCUUUCUCCCCUGCCAGGGAACCCCUUCCUCCCAGUUCGGAGGACAAGGAUUUUGGAAACACCGCUGCCUUCCCGGGUAUGCGCACCCCCUCGGUGGGGCCAGACUCCAGAACGAAACGUUGCAGUGCAAAGGGGGCAGGCAGCCGCGCUGGGUUAACUGCAUAGAUAGGGACGGCUCCGAACUCCCUCCCCCAGCCCCCGGGGGGACGAGCCCGGAAUCCCCGAAAUUCCCGGAGGGACAUACCGAAGCCAAAGGGAAAAGGGAGUAAUAAAACUAGGUUUGUCUUUCCCGCUCUCCCCCCACCCCGCCCCUCCUCCGCCCGGGCGCCCCCUGCAGGCCGCCGUCCUCAGCACGUCUUCAGCACCUGUUGCAGAUGGAGGCGCACGUCGGUGGCCGUUUCCCAGGGCACCACGCUGGCGCGGAACGAGCUGGGCUCGGCCUUCUGCGCCUCCUGGAUAAGGCGGUGCAUGGGGUAGCCGCGGCGCGGGAAGGCCACGUCGCCGCCCGCCAGCAGCCCCAUGGGGCAGAAGUCGUUGGCGCCGUCGCCCACGUAGAAGAGGCGCUCGAAGUGCACGCCGUCGUGGGCCCGCUCGCGCAGGUAGUCGCUGAGCACCUUGUGCUUGCACAUGUUGGCGGGGCAGCGCGCGCAGCUGUGCGUGUGGAAGGGCCGCAGCGCCAGCAGCCCCCGCGCAUCGGGCCCCGACGGGUUGCUGAGGAUGCGGCGGAACAGGCCUUGGUGGCCCGCGGCGCGCAGCGCGCUCUCCACGCCGAAGGUGUUGGCGUCCGAGAUGAGGAUCACCUCGAAGCAGGAGCCCUGCUUGGCCACGAACUGCAGCAGGUCGCUCAUGCCGGGCGACAGGGGGAUGGCCUCGUAGAUGGCGCGCAGGUCCCGGGGCCGCACGCCCUGCUCGCCCAGGUACUGGAAGACGCGCUGCAUGUACUCGUUGUAGAAGCCCUCGCGGUAGGUGGCCCGCAGGCUCUCGGGCAGCCGCUGGCCCGGCGCGGCGCGCACGAUCGAGUCGUCGCUGUUUUCGUCCACUAUCGUCUCGUCGAAAUCAAAGGUCAGGAGGAAGCGCGGCGCGCCCUGCGCGGCCAUCCCGCCGUCCUGGGAGCAGGGGAGGGAGGAGGAGGAGGAGGAGGAGGAGGAGGAGGGAGCAAGCGAGAGGGGGCGCGGCGCGGGCCGGCCCGGGAGAGGCUGGUUAGCGGCCCACGGCCAGAGGCGCUGGCACAUCCAAGACCUGAGGAGGACCCAAGGCAGGUUAAGCUGGGCGGAGGACCCAACGCCGCCGCCCCCACCCCAGCCUCCCCUGCCCAACCCCGUUGGCGCC